AUGUAUUCAUCGUGUUAUAUUCAAAAUAUGAUUACAUCAAUGAUUAUUGAUAAAUCUCAUUUAUCUAAUAUUUCAACAACAAAAAUCUAUUCAAAAGUUGUUGGUGGUCCUGUCUUACAAACAAAUCCACAGCCUGUUCCGACAACAACAGACAACAAUAGUAAGACAACAUCGCAACGAUAUAAAACUGAAUUAUGCCGUUCAUAUCAAGAAACUGGCUUAUGCAAAUACGGUGAAAAAUGUCAAUUCGCUCAUGGUUAUAAUGAAGUACGUUCGUUAAAUCGACAUCCAAAAUAUAAAACAAUAUUAUGUCGUACCUAUCAUUGUACUGGUUAUUGUCCAUAUGGUCCACGAUGUCAUUUUUUACAUGAUGAAUAUUCGGAUAAUUUACCUGUGAAUUCAAUAUCAUCAUCAUCAAUUUCACCAUCAUCAUCAUUCGGUAGUGAUAUUCGUUCGUCAGUAUCAUCAUCACGUUCUAUUUCACCAAUGGAUUCUCCAAUAAUAAGUUCAGAUGAUUAUUUAUUUCUUCCUUCGUUUCUACUAAACAAGUUAGAAUAA